AUGUUUGGGGCUGUGGCAAAAGCUGUAUAUGGAGUAUGAGUCUCGGUUAAUAAAGCCGUGGCAAGAGGGUGACAAAACAUGGCUGGCAUGGAGCCACAGCAUUGAUCUCCAUGUGACAAAAGAAGCAUUAAUGAAAGCUUUAUCACAUCAGAUACAAGUGAAAAUAUGGGAUACAAAGGACAAAGUAUCAGCAAAAGCAAGGUUUGAUCGACCUAAGGCAUUUCGCGUGUCACAUGUGAAACAUGGGGAGGAGCCUGAAGUGAAACAGUUGGUCAUGAAUCAGAGGAAACUUUUCGAAGACAGCCUUCCACAGCCGAGUUUUAUUCUUGAGAAAAAUGGCAGCAUGUUGUUUCAGGAGAAUCUCUGUGCUCAA